ACGAAUUUAAAAGAUUGGUAUGAAUAGUAAUGAUUCCGAUCCGAAUGUGUCUCCAAAAAAUUCUUCACCACCAGAAGAGGGGGAGGAAGAAGAAGAUUUAUUCUAUUUUGAAUCGGAUCAUUUGGCCAUCAAGGGAAAUAAAGAUUACAGCGAAAUUUUAAAAACACUUUUUGUAUUGGAAGCACAAAGGGAAAGAGCUAUAAAAGAUUAUGAGAAAGUUGUAGAAAUUCAAAAACAAGCGCUAAGCGACCCAUUGCCUUUUAUUGAGAAAAUAAAAAAUAAAGAAGACGUUGGAAUACCCCCUUUUCAAAGAAUAGUAGAAGUUCCAGUUAUUGACUGGAGUAAGUUUGAUGUUCAAAUACCAGAAGCUGCACUGAAAUGUUUAAAUAGCAAGGAUAAUUCUAAAGGGAACUUGAAAUCUGAAGAUAAUAUUUAUAAAAGUAGAAAGUCAUCAGAUACUCAUAAAAAGCCUUGGACCACAGAAGAACAGAAACGUUUAGAGGAACUUUUAGAAAUAUAUCCUCCUGAAAGCGUGGAAUUGCGAAGAUUUAAAAAAAUAGCUGCAGCUCUAGGAAAUCGUACUGUUAAACAAGUAACAAGUAGGGUACAAAAAUAUUUUCUCAAAUUAUACAAAGCGGGACUUCCUAUACCUGGUCGCAUUCCAAAAUCUGCAGAAAAAUAUAAAAAAUCUAAACUUCAUUUGCACCAAAGAAAUAAUCAUUAUUUAUGGAAACCUUCCACGUUUUUUCCUCAUUUAGACAUUCCAGUAAAAAUGAACGAUUUCGAAGAAGUUCCGGGCCCCAGUAUAAGUCAUAAGGCUGUUUUAGAGUCGUCCAAUUCUUCGAAUUAUUUGCUUCCAAAACCUGAUGAAUUUGGAAGUUCUGAAUAUUCAAUUCAACAUUCAAAUGAUACCACAGAAUACAAAUUGAAGUUAUUAAAGCGUGUUAAAGGCAUAAAAGAAAAGGAACUUAAUUUGUGUGUCUCUUUUUCCCAUUUUGGCUACAAGGUUAUUCCAAAUGGCGAUUUUUCAGCUAAUUCGCCUGGACUAAUAGCUGAUCUCACCCAAGGAGGAAAACCAAUCCUAGGUCACGAUUAUCAAAACCGAAUAUCGAGCACUAUUCUGAUAACGCCAGCCGUGAAAGACUUUUCGUAUUAA